AUGUCCGUAAGAAGAACGUCGGUCGUGCAAAAGAAUGCGCCAAAACAUCAUAAAAAAGUGACAAGAAAGUUUGUGAUUGACGCAUCAGCUCCCGCACAGGAUAAAAUUUUUGACGCACAAGCAUUCGAAAAAUUUUUACGUGAUAACAUAAAAGUCAACGGUCGUACUGGACAACUUGGUGACUCGGUCACAAUCAACAGAGACGCAGCUGACCAUAAAAUAACCGUGACAACAAACACCCAGCAGUUCGCGAAACGCUAUUUAAAGUAUCUGACGAAAAAGUUUAUGAAAAAGAAUACAAUUCGAGAUUGGCUUCGUGUGGUUUCUGUUGAUCGAGUAAGUUUUUUGAGUGGAUGA